AUGCAGGAGUUCCUGAGGCUGCUGAGGGAGCAUGGGGACGACAGCUCUCCCCCACCAGAUUUGGUGACCCUGGCAGGCAAGCUGUGUCGGGACUUCCAAGACAAACCUGUUCAGGUGCUACAUUUGGUGGAAGCCAUUCUGAACAGCAAGCAUCGUUGGGCUCUUGUGAAAAAUGAAGAUGUGACCAUGGUGUGUGUCCAUGUCCUGAUCCAGCAGGAGCAGCACCUUUUAGCCCUCCAGAUUCUAAAGGUGUGUCACAUGCCAGGAGGCAGCCAGGACCUGGUAGAACUCUGGAAUGACAUCCACUACCAACUGACCAUGAAGAGGCUGGGUGUCACUGAACUGACUGCAGCACAGAGGUUUCGCUGCAGGAAGAGGAAUCCACCACCCCUUACCUUCUGCCCUGAGGGUCCUAAGAACCGGAACUUUCUCCCAGAGAUUCGGAGCUGUCUGCAGGACUUUGCCAGAGGUGUGACUGCUUAUCCCAAGAAGGCCCAGUUGGAAAAACUGGCAUCGGAGACAGGCUUGACUACUGAGCAAGUGUACAGCUGGUUUGCCAAUUAUCGGCGGCAUAAGAAGGGUCUUCUCAGGCAUGUGGCAAGAGCCCAGGAGGCCACAUCAGAAGUUUCCCAGGCAACGGAUCAUGUUCCUGAGCCAGCACAGCUCUCAGGAAACCAUUGUGAGUCUCUGACUGUAUCUCAGUGCUCAGGACACCCGGAGUGGCGAGUUCAUCAUCCUGCCAGUCUCAUGUCCAAGGACUCUGACCCUGGGCCUGGCCUCUGCCCUCCGGCUGCUGGCAGUAGUGACAUGCUUGAUUCCUCUAUGAAUGCCCCUGAGUCCUGGAUGAUGCCCCUUACACUGCCAUCCUUCGAGGAAGUUUCUUCCCAUUCUCUGGAAGCGAUGCCAGCCUUACCUGCCAUGCCAGCACCUCUGUCCACGAUGGAGCUGAGCCAGCCCUUGCCCUUCAGCCAGGUGCAAAGAGCUGAUGACCAGGCCUCGUGGGAUGCUUUCUGGGGAGCCACAAUGCUCCUUGAGUUUUCUGAGGGCGCCCUGGGUCGAAAUGCCGGUGUGGAGACGGAGCAGCACACAGAAUGA